AUGGACUCGCCCGGCGGCUACCCCGAGUCGCUGCUCGACCAGGACGGCGACCAGGACGAUGUCGUGUACCCGUGCAAGGGGUGCGGAGAGAUCCUGGAAGAGGGCAAAGCCUUCGAGCUCGCGGGCAACCGAUGGCACAUCGACUGUUUUCGCUGCAACACGUGCGGCACGCUGCUGGACUCGGACGCCAACCUGCUGCUGCUCGGCGACGGCUCGCUGAUCUGCAACAACUGCACGUACAGCUGCAACCACUGCGGCAACAAGAUCGAAGACCUCGCCAUCCUGACCGGCGACCAGGCCUUCUGCGCCAACUGCUUCCGCUGCCGCAACUGCAAGCGCAAGAUCGAGAACCUGCGCUAUGCACGCACCUCGCAGGGCAUCUUCUGCAUGUCCUGCCACGAGUCGCUGAUGGCCCGCCGCCGCAAGAAAUCCAAAAAGCCCCCCGCCCCGGCCGCCCCCAAGGUCGACAAGUCGCUGCCCGCCCUGCCGCCGCAGUUCGAGGACCGCGGCGCCUUCACCCCCGACGUCGACACCCCGUCCGAUGUCUUCUCCGAGCCCGCCACCGCCGACGCGUCGCCGCGCCCGCCCCAGCCGCGCAGGGGUGACUCGUCGGCCAACUUCCGGCGCGAUGCGUCUCCUUCCGCGAGCGACGCCCCGAGACGAGACAAUAUCCUUCUCCCGGCCACCACGUACAACAAGGAGCACAAACACAGCGAGUCCGACGCCGGCGACGACGGCAUUCUGCUUCCUUUUGCCCUCGAUCCCAACCCGGCGCCCGGGCCCUCUCCCCUGAGCCGCGCAAGCAGGCAGUUCCCCGACCGAACGGUAGGCUCUGGGUCAACACCAGGCGACGGCAAGACAGGUCGCGACUACUUCAACAGGCCCACAAUCGAUCCCCGCGACAAGCUGAAGGAGAACGACUCCAGGUCUGGAUCGACUGAGCGGCCCACCCCCACCAGCCCGCACAUUGCCUUCCAGGAGAAGGGGCGACAGCCAUCGGACCACAUCGUCAACACCCUCAGGAAGCAGUGGGAUACGUCAAGUGACUCCACGUCGCUCAACGAGCGAUCUCGAAGUCAGCAUGCUUCUCCGGCUCCUGUCUCGACGACAGAUCCCUUCAAACUGCAAGAGGUACCAAAAAACAAGAAGGCAGACGCCAGACGCAAGGAUUCGGACAGCAGCGACUCUCCACCACGACGCGGGUCGCUGGGCGCCGAGAUGUCGUCGAGGCUGAGCCGACCCAUGAUUGAGCCCACGUUCACGUCGUCGCCACCGAUUGGGACUGAGGAGUCGCCUGAAACUGCCUCUGGGUCGUCCUUCAGCUCGACCCAACGCGUCGAACGUCCGGCACGUGGAGACUCACUGAGACCCUCAGGCUCGACUCAGCUUGGCGAUAGAUCCGCCCAUUCACCGACGACUCCCACCUUGGAGCACCCUAAGCGAACUUCUUCUACCCAUGGUGCUCCAGCUCAUGUCAGCACUGGCCUCGGUAUUAGCAGUCCUAUGGAGUCCGCGAAAGCCUUCUCCGACGUGCCUGUACCCCCGGCCCGUUCGGCGGAUAGACGACCGCCACCAUCUGCUGACACGUUCACAUCACCUCGUGCCCCGCCCCAUCCACCAAGCGCACACAAAACCAACGAGUCUAUCAGUAGUCUACCUAGUGAGAGUUCACGAGACGCGUAUGCGACCGCCAGCGGCUUGCCUCGCUACAGCGCGCAGGGUGAUUUCUCAAUGGACGAGGACUUUGCUCGUCUUCUCGGAUCCCAGGAGAAGGACGAAAAGGAGAGCGGUGUCUUCCGUCGCGUCUCGAAUGCCGUUCAUAAACACGGACGUAGUCUAAGUGAGCGCGGCUCGACCACUUCGAGAGGCGGUCACAAGAAGUGGCCUACAAAUGGAUCCAUCGAUAUCAGCAGCCCUACGAUCGCCUCACCCGAUUCUAGAGAGGAGAGUGUCAAUCUACGCAACGAGCUACGCCGCGCCCAGCAGCGUAUCGCAGAGCUCGAAGCCGAGAAGAACGGCCUACAAGAGUCCAUGCACAGCGCAGCAGACAUCAAGCAAGCAAACACCGUCCUCCGCGAGAAACGCAACACAAUGGCCGUCCUCGAUACGCAGCGUGAAAUGGUGAUUCGCGAGCUUGAGAUCAUGACUGAGCAUCUCAAACACGCCAAAGAGAGCAACGGCUCAAUGGACAUUAACCAGCUCAAGUCAGAUAUCCUCAAAGACUUUGCUAACUCCUUGCACAAGCUCAAGGAUCAGCUUGGUGGUCAAAUCGAAGACCUGAUCUCUAAGCGCGCUGAGCUUACUGACGAAAUCUCAAAUCUGAUUCAGAUGAAGGACAAGGGCUUCCAGGAAUAUGAGUCUCUCACCGCCCAAAACGCCAAGCUUUCUGCAAUGAAUAGGGAGCUUGUUGAGAACAUCCAGAAGACGAUGAAUACUAAGAAGGGCGCAGCACCUUUUGAUGCUGCCUCAAACGGCCUUGGAAUCUACAACGCCCAGCACAAGGGCGGCAAGUCGGAGCUCUCCCUUGAUUCUCACAGUCUGCCGCAUGAGCAAUCGUUCCCACACAUCCACGAUGGAGACAGCGAGGCGACCCUUGCACAACCUCAGGUCGUCAAUAUUCGGAAGACCGGAAAACCGACCAAGUUCUCCAAGUUCAAGAAAGGUGGUCAAGCCUUCACAACCAACGUGACCAAGGGGUUCAAGGGCGCAUUCGGCUCAGAACAAAAACAAGAAGAGUACAAGGACAUCAAGGUUAUUGGAACGCCUUAUGGCUCGAUUCACCAGCAGCCAGACAUCGCGUCCAUGUCCAGCUCCCUGAAGAACAAGGACGAUCAAACCCCCAAGAACUGGUUCGGCGGGAGUGGACCGAGGGGUCCUGUGGGCAGGCAGCCCAACGAUCGGUUUAAACCUAUGCAAGCGAAUAACAGCAGCACCAACUUGGCUGCGGAUGCUAGUACUUCUCUGUUUGGAUCCGAUCUGUCCGCUCGUUGCGACUUCGAGAAGCAGAUGAUUCCUGGAGUUGUCACCCGCUGCAUUUCCGAGGUAGAACUCCGAGGUAUGGAUGUCGAAGGUGUGUACCGUAAGAGCGGAGGCAGCACACAGGUCAACCAAGUGCGCAAUGGCUUCGAAUCGAAGGAGGAUUACGACAUCUCCGACCCCGAUCUUGAUAUCCACUCCAUCACGUCAGCUCUGAAGAAUUACUUCCGCAGGCUACCUGUGCCGUUGAUUACGUUUGACGUGUACGAUCAAUUCUUGGAAGCUGGUCAACUUGAAGAUACCAAGGCACAGUCCAAGGCUUUGACGGAAGCUAUCAAAGAGAUUCCAAAAGCGCAUCGCGAUACAUUGCAGUUCCUUGUGUUCCACUUAUCGCGGGUCAUUGAGCAUCAAGAGGAAAAUCUGAUGACACCACUCAACCUUGCUGUCGUGUUCGCACCCACAAUCAUGCGGCCAAUGGACAUUCAGCGAGAGCUAAGUGAUGUCCAACAGCAGCGCGUUGCCGUGCAAGCUUUAUUGGAGAACUACAAGACUGUGUUUGGUGAAGAGUAA